AUGCAUUUAGCAAUCAUUAUUGCUUUCGUUUUAGAAUUGCCCCCAAUGAAUACUGUGAAGGAAUACAGUUUGAAAAUAGAGAAAGCAGUGAAAGAAUACACAGAAAAAGAGUGCCUAGAAAAGACAAGGCAGAUAUUGGCUGUUCUAAACCAGAGGAGAUCUCUUCUUAAUCUUAUGUUCUUGAAAUUUAUUUGCAUAAGAAUAAAAAGAGAAACUAUUCUAAACACAUUCAACGAAAUGAAUGGAUUCAGGGUGCUUGAGAAGACAUUCACAUCAACCAACUGUGAUUAUUUGAGCACCCUGUUUGACAUCUUCGUUGUAUUGAAACCAAAUAGACCAGUAUCAAUUGAGGCACUUGAAAACUACGAUGCAUUUGAUAAGCAGUUGUUCUUCAAGUAUCUCAAUGGAUGUCAGGGACUACAUGCACUAUUUGAUAACCUGUCUGCCAAUAUGACAUAUUUGCAGUAUUUUAUAUCAGAUGCAUUGACCUGGGAUGAAAUUGAUGAUGAAUUGAACUUCAUCUUCAAGUUGGAGCAUGAACCACAGAUGCAACAGAUCAAAAUCAACAUAUACAAACACAAAGAGAAGUUCAAAUGUGAUAUAACGUACAAAAGACUGCUAGAAAUAUUGAGCAAAUCAUUUAGAAAAAACAUGAUCAAUAUUGAUGCAGAAUGUAUAGAAGAGUAUAAGAAUACAAUAGAGAAGUAUAAAAGUGGAUUAGAAGAUAGCAAUGCCAAGUAUUUGAUAUUGGAAAGCAAAUUCAAGGAACUACAGCUAAGUAUAGAAAAUAAGGCAUUUGAUAAAACAAGUGAAAUUAAGGCAGUUAAAGACGUUGUAGAAAUAAAAGAACCUGAACCCAAGGUAGAGUCUGCUGCUAAAACAGAAUUCAAACGGGUUGAAGCUGUAAAAGAAGAGGUAAAAAUAGCAAAAGAAAGAAUCAAAGAACAAGAACCCAAAACAACAAUUGAAGAAAAAACAGUAGUUGAACAGAAACCAGUAGAAAUCCCACUAUCAAAAGAAGAAACUGUUGUUCAAAAUAUAGCAGAAUCCACCAUUCAAAAGACGGUGGAACUUGAUCAACAAGAAACUAAACCUAAAAAACCAAAGAAGUUCUCUUUUGGAAAAGCAUCCAAGGCAGUCUCUAUGUUAGAUACUAAACAGGUGUAUUGUGGACUAAGAUGGUCCAAAAUGCCUAAGGGAAAAAGGACAAUCUUCACUAACAUCAAUAUACUAGAAAAUGAGAAGCAUUUCAAAUUGGAGGAAUUCAAGGUAUUCGAGAAGAAAGUUGUUCCAAAAGAAAAGAAGGCAGCUGAAGCCACAAAAGGAUCAGACCUGAUUUGUUGUAUGGAUCUAAAGAAGAGCAAUGCGAUAUCAAUAGCGUUGAGUGUGAUCAAAUUGACAUAUGAAGAAUUAAGAGAUCAAAUUCUAAAACUGGAAUGUGAAAACGAGGUGUUGAUAAAGCAACUGUGCCACUACAUGUGCACUACUGAAGAAUUCGAAAAGAUCAAGAAAACAGAUCCAAAAAAGAUGCCAAAUGCUGAUCGAUUUUUCUACAUCAUCGAAGACCUUGAGGAGUUUAAAGAAGCCGUGGCAUCACAGAUGUUUCUGCACCUCUACAAAGCAAAGAACUACACGAAUAUCUUUGAACUGACUAUAAAAACGUACAAGAGGAUUCUAGAAAGCCAAAGUCUCAAGGAGCUGUUUGGUAGAUUGCUUGUGAUCGGCAACCAGCUCAAUAGAAAUGGAUUUGGUGGAAAAGCAGAAGGCUUCACAUUUGAUUCAUUGAGCAAAUUCCAUACAACUCAAAUUAGGAACCUGAUCAAACCAAAAAUUGAUUUGGUCAAAUUGAAGGAAGAACUGGGUGAAAUAGCACAUCACGAAGCAGUUGAUGCACUGAUCAAUGAAUUCGGUGAGGUAAAAAGCGCAUACGUCAAGAACACCGUUGAUGAAGAGGAAUACAGUCGUGGAUGUGAAUUGUUCUCAGAAAUGAAGGAGUUGCAGCAGAAAGUCAUUGCAUUCUUUGGUCUUGAGACUGAUGACAAACUCAUGGAAGAGCUGCUUGGAUUCGUGGAGUACUUUCUGUGA